AUGUGGCGGUGUGGGUGUGACUUCAACUACUGGUGCUUCGAUUCCGGUCAGUGCGGGUGGACCAACAAUCCCAUCAUGUUCCGAAGGAAGUGGUGGCUCGACAUGAUGCAUGGAAUUGCGCACAAGCACAGGAACAAGGUGUUCGAGGCCGGUACCUACUACUCGAGCGAGUGGCUGCUGCCUCACUGGGUCGUGGCGGAGAGCGAUGGGCUCUUCACGCAUGACGAAAUCGGUGAGGGCCACGAGCGCAAAUACAUCUGA